GUAAAAAUGGCGUCCAUCAUGGAGGGGCCGCUGAGCAAAUGGACUAACGUCAUGAAGGGGUGGCAGUACCGCUGGUUCGUACUGGACUAUAACGCCGGGUUGCUGUCAUAUUAUACUUCCAAGGACAAGAUGAUGCGUGGCUCUAGAAGAGGCUGUGUGCGACUACGGGGAGCUGUGAUUGGAAUCGAUGACGAGGACGACAGCACUUUUACCAUUACCGUAGACCAGAAGACUUUCCAUUUUCAAGCCCGUGACGCAGAUGAGCGGGAAAAGUGGAUUCAUGCCUUAGAGGGAACAAUUCUCCGUCACACCCUUCAGCAGG